AUGGCUAACACAUCACGGCAUCCACGCCGCCUCCGCCGCCUCCUGCUCCUGCUGCCGGCCGCCGCCCUCUCCGACACCGACGCUUCGUGCAUCGACUCUGGGGACCUCGCAGAUCACUGCCCGCUGUGGGCACAGCGGGGCGAGUGCGCCACCAACCCGGUCUACAUGCAUGAGCACUGCCGCCGGUCCUGCGGCUGCCCCGCGCAAGGCCCUCCGCCGCCGUCCGGCGAGUGCGCCGACCGCGACAAGUCGGGCGCGUGCGCGACGUGGGCUGCUGCAGGCGAGUGCGAUGCCAACCCGGCCUACAUGAAGGUCAAGUGCGCGAGCACGUGCGGCACGUGCGACAUGCUCGACUGGAGGAAGCGUUGCCCCGUUGACCCGGAAGCGAAGCCGGCGGUCCCUCCCGGAGCGAUGCAGGAGACCUUUGAGCGCGCCCUCUCCAACUUUCCUCAGUACUCGCCGCAGCUCCUCUCGAGCGACCCGUAUGUCGUCACGUUUGAGGAGCGCGCCCGCACCCGAAAGAGUCGUCUGCAAGCGGCGCCGGCCCCGCGAGACUUCAUCUCCGACGACGAGGUCGAGGCGCUGCUCCGCCACUCGGAGGGACGCUUUGUCCGCUCCACCGCCUCGGGCGGCUUCACGGUGCAGCCCAAGAAGGGGAGGGCGGUGCUGUGGCCCGCAACCUUCAACGAGCGGCCCUUCGAGAAGGACGCACGCACCCACCACGAGGCGCUGCCCGUCCUCAAGGGCAUCAAAUACGCGGCGCUCCUCAGCCCGCCUCCCCUCCUCCCCGCGCGCACGCACACCCACGAGGCCGCCGUGCGCUCACUCCAUCCCUCCAUCCCCUCCCAGGCCAACUUUUGGCUCCACCAGUACGACUACGUGGACGCGCACCACAGAGGGUGCACGGCCUGA